AUGGCUAGAGAUAUUCAUGUAAUGAUGCUUCCGUGGUCGGCUUUUGGCCACUUAAUACCGUUUUUUAACCUCUCUGUAGCCUUGGCCAAAGCUGGAGUAAGGGUCUCCUUCAUAUCAACCCCAAAAAACAUCCAAAGACUCCCUAAAGUUCCUCCUAAUUUAGACACUCUAAUCAAUUUGGUGGAGUUCCAACUGCCAACCAUGGAGAAAGAAUUCUUGCCAGAAGGCAGCGAGGCGACUAUGGACGUUUCUUUCGAGAAAAUUCAGUACUUGAAGAUUGCGUACGAUCUCCUCCAGGGCCCUGUUAAGCGGUUCGUUUCGGAUCAGCGACCAGAUUGGAUAUUUGUCGAUUUCAUCUCUUAUUGGGCGGCUGAAAUUGCCCAAGAGCACAAUAUCCCCCUCCUUAUGUACAGAGUUUUCUCCGCUUCUCAAUUCGCAUUCAUGGGGCAUCCAGAAUCCCUUGUUGGUGAUGGCCAUAAAAGAAUGAGACCUUCUCCGGAAAGUUUAACUUCACCACCUGAGUGGGUAGGUUUUCCAUCUUCCGUAGUUUAUCGGAAUUUCGAAGCCACUACCUAUUAUAAAGGCUUUUAUGGACAUAAUGCUUCGGGUAUCACAGAUGCUGAAAGGCUCGCUAAAGUUAUUCAGGCAUGUAAAGCUUUUGCUAUACGUAGUUGCACUGAAUACGAAGGUGAGUACUUUAACAUAUGUGAGAAGAUAACAGGCAAACCGGUGAUUCCUAUUGGUUUACUCUUGCCAGAGAAACCAGCGGAAGGAAGAAGAAUCACUGACAAAUCAUGGAUUGAAAACUUUGAGUGGUUGGACGGACAAAAACCCAAGUCAGUUGUGUUUGUAGGAUUUGGUAGUGAGUGUAAACUAAGCAAGGAACAAGUUCAUGAGAUAGCAUAUGGGCUGGAGCUAUCCGGAUUGCCAUUUUUAUGGGCACUAAGGAAGCCUGAUUGGGCUACUGGUGAUCACAAUGCUCUGCCUCCAGGCUUUAGCGGUCGUGUACGUGGAAGAGGAGUUGUCUGCAUUGGUUGGGCACCGCAAUCGGAAAUUUUAGAACACCCAUCAAUCGGAGGUUCGUUGUUUCACGCUGGAUGGGGUUCAAUUAUAGAAACGUUGCAGUUUGGGCAUUGUCUUGUGGUUUUUCCAUUCAUUAUUGACCAACCCUUGAAUGCAAGGCUUUUGGUGGAGAAAGGUCUGGCUGUGGAAGUAGAUAGAAGUGACGAUGGAUCAUUCACCGGAGCUGACAUAGCUAAGGCUCUAAGACUGGCUAUGGUUUCUGAAGAAGGGGAGAAUUUAAGGGUCAGAGCUCAGGAAGCAGCAGAGGUUUUUGGGAACCGAAACCUGCAACAUAGUUACUUCAAUAGAUUUGUUGAGUAUCUGGAUAAAAAUGGAGCUGCGACUAAUCAAAGUCAAUUACAAUCUUUCAAAGACAAAUAAGAUGGUGGUUUUGUUAAAAUUAACAGUUUCCAAUCAUAUUUAGUUAUGAUUUUGACAAAAAUAUUAUUUAAAUUAUUAUAAAUAAAUUAAAUUAUUUAUCAUAA